GUGUUCAAAGCCUAUCUCCUUGCUACUAACCUAAGUUAUAGUUUCCAUGAUUAAAAAUUAAAACAAACGGACUGUAGCGUUUUAUCAAACAACUGUAGAACUGUUUUUUUCAAACUUAAUAAUAUUUAGUUUUUUGUUUUACGCUGUUUAUCAACCGCAGAUUAGAGGGAGUGUGCUGUCAACAACAGGAACUAAGUUGAACGAGUAAAAUCCAAAGAUAUGUGUAAUAUUCUUGGUAAAAUCUCUUGUUCCUCUUAUGUGGUUAAAGAUUUUGUUUAUGGUGAAUAAAAGGAACAUAACGUUUUAGUUGAACAAAAAGUGUACAGAGCUUCAAUCAUUAAUGUUAAGAGCAUUAUUGUCGAAAUGUUGACAAUUCAAGAAGUGAUAUGGGAGACUUUUCGACUUAUUAAUUAUGCCGCCAUAGGUAUUCUUCCAUACAAAACAUGGAAAUAUUUCUACGAUACAUAUAAAGAAGAGAAAGAUUUCUGUGAUGAGGAAAGUUUGUAUCAUAAAAGGCACAAUUGUGUUGUCACAUUCUCUAAAGGAAGGAGUCACAUUGGUUGGUGUGGAAUUCAGGAGUUAAAUUUAAAUAUUUACAAUGUGAAAUCUGUAUAUGAACCAUUCUUAUAUUUCAUCGAUACAGCACAAAAAAGCUUAGAUGUUGCUAUCAUGUCUCUGAAUGUAAAAUGUAUUAUAGAAUCUUUGAUAGCGGCUCAUAAGAGAGGAGUGAAUGUUAGAGUUAUAUCGAAUUUUUAUAUGGAUAAAAAUUCUCUUCAACUCUAUAAGCAAAUGGAGAGGAAUGGAAUACUCAUCACAUUAUAUGUGUCAAAAGAAAAAUCAAAUAGUAUCAUGCACACAAAAUAUAUAGUCAAAGACUACUGUGCACAGAAAGGAGGCCAUCUCCUUACAGGCUCAUUCAACUUAACAGAUGUUGCAUUUAGUAAUAAUUAUGAAGAUGUUGUAUUCACAAGUCAAAGAAUAAUGGUUGAAGAUUUCAAGAAAAAUUUUUCAAAAAUGUGGGAUAGUUUUAAAGAAGAUAACACUCAGAUGUUUAAUAGACUCGUUCUUGAGAAUGCAGGAUUUUGCCUGGGUAUAUUAAAUGAGGCUAAGAUGUAGAAGCCAGAUGGAUUUAACAAUGUAACAAAAGUUAAACAUCAAAAUUUCCACUAUUCUGUCAAUUAUAUUUCAAUGAAAACAGUUUUUUCUGAAAAUCCAUAGUAGGAUUUCUAUCCGAUAUUUCUGUAUUGAAUAAUAUGUUAUCUUUUUA